GUCCGUCUCCCCGAUUUCUUGGUCCCCCACGCUCCCCCGCCCUGUUGUUUUCCCUCUAUCUUCGUCUCUGCCCAUCUCCGCCCCGUUUCUUCCCGUCCCUCUGUUCCUGCCACCUGUCCCCCACCCAUCCCUCUUUCUGGCCAUGUCUUUCCUCACCAGCCUGUCCAAAGCCGCUGACCUGGACCAUCACUGGGUGGCCAAGGCCUGGCUGAAUGACAUCGGCCUGUCCCAGUACUCUCAGGCCUUCCAAAACCACCUGGUCGACGGGCGGAUGCUACACUCCCUGAUGAAGCGGGACCUGGAAAAGCACCUGAACGUGUCCAAGAAGUUCCACCAGGUCAGCAUCCUGCUGGGGAUCGAGCUGCUGUACCAAGUGAACUUCAGCAGGGAGGCCCUCCAGGAGCGCCGCGCCCGCUGCGAGACCCAGAACAUAGACCCCGUGGUCUGGACCAACCAACGGGUGCUCAAGUGGGUGCGGGACAUCGACCUGAAGGAGUACGCAGACAACCUGACCAACAGCGGCAUCCACGGUGCUGUGUUGGUGCUGGAGCCCACGUUCAACGCCGAGGCCAUGGCCACUGCCCUGGGCAUCCCCAGCGGGAAGCACAUCCUCCGGAGACACCUGGCAGAGGAGAUGACUGCCGUCUUCCACCCAGCCAACUCCUCAGGCAUCCGGGAGGCUGAGCGUUUCGGAACACCCCCAGGGAGGGCCUCCAGCGUCACCCGGGCGGGGAAGGAGGAGAGCAGCGGCGGCAUUAAAUACAAGGCUGGCCGGCUGCCGCUAGGGAAGAUAGGAAGGGGCUUCAGCAGCAAAGACCCCGAUUUUCAUGAUGACUAUGGCUCUCUUCAAAAUGAAGAUUGUGGAGACGACGACCCCCAGGGCAGGCCAGAGCAGUGCCGGCUGGAAGGCUACAACGGCCUCGAGGUCACCAAUGUGUAAGGGACUGACGCCCCACCAGCCCCGACACGGACACACCCGCGGAGGAAGGGUAGCCAGACGCCGUCACCACUGCACGUAGUGGCCGCGGGCCAGGGAUGCGCCCCUCCCGGGCACAAUCCCAGCAGACUGUCGCAGUUUCAGACGGGCGCUCCGAGGAACGAGGGGACACCGGCCUGCCUGUCUUCAGCGGAUUGUGGACCUGUCCGCUCAGUGGGAGGACCUGUCGGCCCAGCCUCUCUAUAACCCAGGCCCCACCCAGAGUGACCGCCAGCCACUGAGCAGGCCGGGUGGUCCCCGCGGCCUUGAACUGAGCUGACGCGGUUGGAAGGAGGCAGGCAGUUCCCCAAGAGCACCCUCCCAGAAAGCGCAGGUGCGGCUCCAGCCGGACACAGGCACCCAGCAAGGGCGGUGCCAGGGGCGAGCACAGCCUGAGGCUGACCCGUCGGCUCGGGGGCCCUUCCAGCCAGCCUGGCGGGGCUCCUGGCUCCAGCACCUGUGCCCCCCACGACUGAGCACCCGGGUUCUGACUCAGCUCGCUGAAUCUCCCUUGGGAGACUGCAAAAUGGGGCGGCCACUCCCUUCCACCCCAAAAGCCAUGGGGCACAUGGGGUGGACGCGGAGAAGAGCCUUUUGCCUGCUCCCAGGCGCGGCUCCAGCGCCGGGAGGGUGCGGGUCGGGGCUUAGCAGCAACGGUUCCAGGAAAUGCAGGUUUCCUGUCGUCGGGAGGGACAUCCUGAGGACGGGAUCCGGGCUGACUGAAUCAGGCCAGCGACGACCAAGUUCGACAGCGGGGUUGGGAUUGGGGGCGGGGAAAUGCUUGUCACUAUUAAGCCAACAAACCUGUGUGGUGAGGUCUCAGUCACCUGGAACGGGGGUGUGUUCACCAAUGCCCUCAUGGAGAUGAAGGCCGGAGAGCACAGUCAUUGACUGGUGGAGAGAACCCCCCGCCCUUUUCCUGACUCUGCCACUGUUUGCCUAUGUGGCUUCUUGCCGGUGGCCUCACCCCUCUGUGCCUCAACACCUGCAUCCACAACACUUCCUGGUUCCCUCCCAGGGACAUUGUGAGAAUUAACACAUGCUAAUGUCUGUAACCCACUUUGUAACCUCUCAGGAGACAGGUGGCAAGCAACCAGGCUAGAAGGGAGCUCUGAGUUCCCACUGACAGCUCCGGACUGACCUUGAACUGGUUCUCCCCAACAGUGUUCCGGUUGGAACAACAUUCACAAGGAGGAAAGGAAUGCUUAAUGUUCAGACUCUCUAGAGCCCCCAGUAGGGCUUGACCAGAAAGAGAGAGAGAGAGAAAAAAAAAAAAAAAAAGUCCACAGACACAACCCUUGAAAACCAGUCGGAUCCAUGUGUUCGGGCUCGAGUCUGUUGACCUCAGCACUGAGUGAUGACUUGGGAGGGACGACAUGCACUGGAGUUCCCCUGACACGUUGGUUGUCAAAGCGAAUCCUUUGUUGGGACCAUGAUGCUCGACCGCCAUUGGGGCCAUUCGCACCAGAGUCAAUGACAGGUCUGAACUCCCAGGACUUGAACAGGUGUCGGCCUCCAAGAACCGUCAAAGUACACGUUCCUCAGCCCAAUGAACCAGUUCCCCCUGCGGGAAAAGCCUAAACCGAGGCCUGAGGAACCUGAGAGUGACCCUUCCUCCCCGAUGCCGAAGACCAUGGUUUUCUCCCUGAUCUUAAGAUAAGCACAGCUUUUCUUGCCCAUGGAAACCAAACGCCCAGCUGGUGGGCGGGUGGAUGGCCCUCCGUUCAUCUGAUGUUUAGCCUUCUAGGGUCCCAUUUCUGAUUCUGUGGCCUUUCGGGGGGGGGGGGUGGGCGGGACGGGAAGCUCUGGUAUCUAAGGUGGCUUUGCUGAGGUUCCAAAUUCCAGCCACAUUCAGCCACGCCUGGGGCCUGCAGCCCGGAGGGGGAAGUAAAACGUCUUCUAACCCGAUGCCACAGGUCACUCCCAAGCCAGCCUCCAGGCUGGGUGACCCGGAACCCUGGGAUCUGCCUCUUGGGAAGCAGCAGACCAGGCAGGAAAUGACUCCCACAGGGUGAGCAAGGGUAGCACAAGGGGGCCUGAUUAUCUGAAGCCAACAUUCACCCGAGUUGUCGGAAAUGGAGCUUGCCUUUCCCACCCCCGCUCCACCCCACGGGGGACAAGAUGGGCAAGUGGACAGUAUGGGGGGGGGGUCACCGGCAGGGAUGGCAUUGUCCCCAAAAUGUGCAACAUUGGGCCAGCAGGCCUGGGGCGAUGCGGACAACCUCGAAAGCACCUUUCGGUCCAAAUGAUACCUUAAUAGCACACUCUCUCCCACCCGACGCCCCGGUCCUUGGCAGCCAAGUGACCGUUUGGAAUUGGCUUUUCGUGACUCAGGCAGGCAGGGUGGCCGCCUGCAGAAC